AUGGCUUCCCCUGCACGUUUUGACGAUGAUUUUGAUUUCGGAGGUGAAAUUGGCGGAAGAGAAUCAGGUAAUAAGAGACCAUCGCCGGAUUUCGAUGAUGAAGAUUAUGACAAUGAUCCUUUUGCACCGAAGAAGGCCAAAACUAAAGCUGAAGAAACUGCUUCUGGUGUAACAACAGGAAUGAUCUUGUCACUUCGUGAAAGCCUCCAGAUCUGUAAGGAUCAGCUUGCAACAUGCCAAAAUGAGCUCGAGGCUGCAAAGUCUGAGAUUCAGAGUUGGCACUCAUCAAUUCAAAAUGAGCCUGUUGUGCGUGCCGGGGCUACUCCAGAGCCAAAAAUGUUGAUUGAUUAUCUUCAGGCCCUGAAAUCAUCUGAAGAGUCAUUGAGAGAGCAGCUUGAAAAAGCAAAGAAAAAAGAAUCGGCGUUCAUUAAAACGUUUGCAAAACGGGAACAAGAGAUAGCAGAGUUGAAAUCUGCUGUUCGGGAUCUGAAAGUACAACUCAAGCCUCCAUCAAUGCAGGCAAGAAGGUUGUUACUAGAUCCGGCUGUUCAUGAAGAGUUCACACGUUUGAAGAACUUAGUGGAGGAAAAGGAAAAAAAAGUAAAGGAGUUGCAAGAUAACAUUUCUGCAAUAACUUUUACUUCCCAAAGUAAGAUGGGGAAGAUGCUGAUGGCUAAAUGUAGAACCCUGCAAGAAGAAAAUGAGGAGAUUGGAAAUCAAGCUUCUGAGGGAAAGAUACAUGAAUUAACGAUGAAGCUUGCAUUGCAGAAGUCUCAAAAUGCACAACUCAGAAUUCAGUUUGAAGGAUUGCAGAAGCAUAUGGAAGGACUGACAAAUGAUGUGGAGAGAUCAAAUGAAACGGUUCUUAUGUUUCAAGAGAAGCUAGAAGAGAAAGAUCAGGAGAUCCAAAGACUGAAAAAUGAACUCCAGCAAAAUAACUUAACAGAGGAUGGAAGAUCUGAUGAAACUUUAAAUAAGAGUGAGGGCGAUAAGGUGAUGACCGAGGAGGCUGCAAAAGAGUUGAUUUCGGUUUAA